AUGAUGCUGAUGUCCUCGUGCCUGUUACAUUUUCUUUUAAAAUUCUACAGUUCCACUGAUUCACUCGGUUCCAAACCUCGCUCUGCAAGCGGUCCUCUUAACACAUCCAUAACAUCGGAGGAAAGUGUACCGAUGCCAAACACCAAUGACUCCCACAUUUUAGAUCCAACCUCAACGAAACUGAACCGGGAUUCUGACGAGGUGGUGGAACUUGUGGUGCACACAAAUAAACCCCGUCGAUCAAAUCGGUCAUUGCGCACACGUCAUAGUCGCACUCCUUCGGAAGUAAGCUAUUCGGAGGGUGAAGUGCUAUCGGAUUCCGACGAAGAUCGUGAUGGUGCAUCUUCUGUGGGAGAAGCAAACGAGGUUGUGCCGGAACUGCUCGGUGAGAAGACCAACGUAGAAGGCCAAGACGAAGAACGAGCAGCUGAAAUUAUCCAGUUAGUGCAUAAUCAAUUUCGCGAUGCCACUCCGGUGAGUGACAUUGAUCUGACAGAAUUGGAAAUCAUGGAUGAAUGGGCCACACCAGCCGCAGCUGCUGCCGCGGCUGCAGCAGCAGCUAAUUCGAAGCGAACGGAUACGGAACCAGAGGAGACAGCUGCCGAACAAAAUGGUUCCAUGGCAAAUACCAUAACGGACAGUGGUGAGCUCACCAAGUUGAAUGAAACAAAUCAACGCUUAUCCGAACUGAUCUCGGAGGCUGUGGUCACGUGUGGACACGAUAUGGAUCGUUUGGUACUGGAAGCAAAUCAAUCCAAGAUCGCAUUGACAAGUUCGGCCGAGGCAAAACAAUCCUCUACUCUAACUCCACAAAUCCAUUUAUCUGAGGAUGUUGAAGCUAGCAUUGAACGAACUGCCUCAGCAUUCAAGGAACACGUAACCUCUGUGCUAGCCAAUCUACUCCACGCUGUCCCAACCGGGUCAGAAUCCGGAGGUGUGAAAACCAAUGUCAAGCGCCCUGUCCCUCGUCCUGUGGUUUGUGGACGUCGCGGUUCUCGCCUGUUGGGCAUGCUCCAAGCCUAUCGACCGGAUGCUGCCAAACGCUUGUCAAAUUCCAACAUCGUCUAG